GGAGCCGGACGGCAUGGCCGAGGACGCCGAUCAGGUGGAUGCCUCGGCGGCCGCCUCGGCCGAUUGCCCGCCGCCAGCCGCCCACGGAGACGGCGGACUGCCUCCCUCCUCUUCGACCACCGCCGACCACGACUCCUCCUCCUCGGCGGCGGCGCACAGAGCUCUGAGCGGCCACGUGAAGCUUCUGCGGCCCGUCACGGUGCAGGCGUCCGUGGUGCCCGAGUCCCCCCCUUCGUCGCCCAACCUGGACGACGAUGCGCCCCCGCUGCAGAUCGACGAGGACGCCCCGACACCGCCCAGCCCGUCGCCACCGACCUCGCCGCAUCCGCCGCGCCUUGUCCGAGUCAUUUCGUGCCCCUCCGUGCAACCGGCCAGCCCACGUCCUUCCAGCGACUUGGUCGCCACCGGACAUCACGUCGAGGCUCCGUGUGGUGGCAGUGCGUGGCGAGACCGCGUCGAAGGCGUCGCCAAUGGCGACGAGAACGGCGGCGAUCUUCGACAGGAACGUCGCAGAUCGGGCGAGCCUCCAUCCGACGCGGAGGAAGCCAGGAUCCGCGAGUACCUGUGCCGCAGCGACACGGCCGUCAUCUACCCGGAGCCUGUAGAGGCUGCCAGCGCUCCAGACGUCGCGGCACAACGACAAGAAGGAAACACGGAAGAAGAGGGAAGGAAAAAAUUGGUUUACUACCACAGCGGGAGCGCAGGCAGAGGUAGAAAAAAAAAAAGAAACGGGAACAUGUAAGAGAGGACCUCAAUAAAAGUUCAUUGUCUGUCUGUUUGUAAGAGAGUGCUAGCGAAUGUACACUCGUACAGCGCUCAGCGCAAGUCAACUAACAUACAUCAGGGGUUCACGCAUUCAUUCAUUGUGGUUUACAAAUGUUGGUAAUAAGUUCAGUAUGUCGUCUGCUUCUCAACAGCGUUAACUGGUUAAAUGGAUAAAGGAUC